AUGGGAACCAGUAUCAAAGUGCAAAAUCGAUGGCGGAAGUGUCAGGUGAGUCGCAACGACCACAUCCAAUACCUCGUCAAUUUCGGUCGUCGGCGGAAAGAGUGCUUUUUUGGACGCAAGUUCAUGUAUGAAGGAAAGAAACUUCCGAUGCGAAGAGCAGGCACAGUGGGGUGCAAGAUUUGA